UUCCAAGUCACACGGCGGCCAGUUUGUAUGGGGGGACUGCGGUGCAGCAGCAGCAGAAGCAAGAAAUCCUACACACAUUUAACAACAGCGCCGGGGCUGCGGCAAGAACAGUAGCAACACAACGGAGCUGAAACAACAAGCUGCUGCGACACAGAGGAGCGAGUGACUAAGUUGCAGAGACAGGAGCACAAUCAGCAGCAGGCUGGACUUGGACGUCAGUCAGCACCUCGGAGAGCGCUCUGAACACUUGUCAAUCAGGCAGCUGACAUUGCCGGACAUUGCUCAGUUGUUGUGUUCAGCACCUGGGACAGCAGCCCUGUGAUAACGGGAUCUGUACGGGAACUGAAUAACCUGCAUGCCGCGCAGCUCUAUGGAUUCCAAAGCGACUACCAACGGGGUAGCGACCAUUGAAGACAGGAUCCUAAGGAUCACCGGCUACUAUGGCUAUUACCCAGGCUACUCCAGUCAGAAACGAGGAGAAGGGCUGCAAUCAAAUACAGAAAACAACACAGGAGACGCUGAAAAGUCCCGUUGCCAGUCAUAUACCUCCACUUUUCUUAAAUUUGUCUGGGGAUUUCUCAUAAUUCUGUCGGUGUCAUCCUCUUGGGUCGGAACCGCGCAGAUCAUCAAAAUUACUUACAAGAACUUUUACUGCCCCUUUUUCAUGACCUGGUUUUCAACAAACUGGAACAUAAUGUUUUUCCCGGUGUAUUAUUCAGGACAUUUUGCAACCGCACAAGAGAAGCAAACCGUGUUACAAAAGUUCAGGGAAUGUAGUCGGAUUUUCGGGGAAGAUGGCUUGACCUUGAAACUCUUUCUGAAACGAACGGCCCCCUUUUCCAUCCUAUGGACUUUGACCAAUUAUCUUUACUUAUUGGCUCUGAGGAAACUGACUGCCACGGAUGUUUCCGCUCUGUUCUGCUGUAAUAAAGCAUUUAUGUUUCUACUCUCAUGGAUUGUAUUGAAGGAUAAGUUCAUGGGUGUGCGGAUAGUUGCUGCAAUAAUGGCAAUCACAGGAAUCGUCAUGAUGGCGUAUGCAGAUGGCUUCCACGGGGACUCGAUUAUUGGUGUUGCUUUGGCUGUUGGUUCAGCUUCAGCCUCGGCAUUAUACAAGGUGUUAUUUAAGAUGUUCCUUGGAACUGCCAACUUUGGAGAAGCAGCACAUUUUUUUUCCACAUUGGGGUUCUUCAACCUCAUCUUUAUUUCAUGCAUGCCGGUUAUACUGUAUUUUACCAAAGUGGAAUACUGGUCAUCAUUUUCUGCUUUGCCUUGGGGUUAUCUGUGCGGAGUUGCAGGACUGUGGUUCGCAUUUAACAUAUUAGUGAACGUUGGAGUUGUCCUGACAUAUCCAAUUCUGGUUUCUAUUGGAACAGUUCUCAGUGUUCCAGGCAAUGCAGCCAUCGACCUGCUGAAGCACGAAGUGAUUUUUAGUGUUGUGCGACUGGGAGCAACUAUUUUCAUUUGCCUCGGAUUCCUCCUCAUGCUGCUCCCGGAGGAAUGGGAUGAGAUAACUCUGCGCUUCAUUAACAGUUUAAAGGAGAAGAAAUCGGAGGAACAUACAGAGGACAUUGCAGAAUCCAGUGUACACACAAGGAGCAGAAGUAGAGCUAAUGGCACAGUAUCUAUACCUUUGUCUUAGAGCCCGACCAAUU